AUGUCAGCAGCUUGCAGCUGGCGCGGCAUCAGUUGCCGUACCAGUGUGCAUGGGAGCCAGCACCGGUUGGCGAUCAUUGGCAUCUCUCUGCGGGGGAUGCGGCUGAGAGGGGCGCUGGAGUCCCUCAACUUCUCGGCCUUGAGGACCCUGACGCGCCUCGACCUCUCGCACAAUCUACUCACCGGGAGCAUCCCUCCCAGCAUCGAGGUACUCGGGGAGCUCUGCGCUCUGCUCCUGCAAGGCAACCAGAUAAGAGGCUCAAUUCCUGUAGGUAUAGGAAAUCUCACAAAAUUGUGCUUCUUAAUGCUUCAUGAAAAUGAAGUCUCCGGUGGAAUACGAAGGCAGAUAGGCAACAUGAGUAGCCUUGUCACCCUCAAUCUGUCAAACAAUCACUUAGUUGGUGAUAUCCCUUCUGAAGUAGGCCACCUAAAGCACUUGGUUUUGUGUUAG